AAUGAUGAAUAUGAGGAGAGGAUGAGAGAGUCAGGGUGUCAGUCAGCUGAUAGGAAAGAUGGGAGCAGACGCAAUCCCUGUGGCUGUGGUAACGGCAUUUUUCGGUGUGGUGGGCCUCGUGCUGCCCUUUAUCGUAGGCAGGGGACCAAACAAAGGGGUGAUCCAGGUGGUGCUGUCCAUCACGGCGGCUUCCUGCUGGCUCUUCUGGUUGCUUGCCUACAUGCACCAGAUGAACCCACUCAUCGGACCACAGCUGCACAAUACUACUGUGAUUGCCCUGCAGUACCUCUGGGACAACAAUCUGAACCUGACUGAGCUGGAGUCCACAACAGACAUGUCCUCCACCAUGGAAUUCACGUCCUCCACCAUGGAAUUCACUUCCUCCACGCCUGCUACUGCCUAGCACCUGUCUGAGGGAAGCAGCGGCCGUGUGCGGGACAGUGACGUGCUGGAAGGGAGCCGAGGAUGUGACCCGCCUGACUCAUCCCAGCCACAUCAAGGACUGUAUUUGUAAACCUUUCAGUGUCUUUUGUUUUAACAGGCUUCAUGAAAAAUUAUAGGGGUUUUGAAGGGUGUGUUCAUGAUUCUACACCAUCAGUGGGAAAAACAUACCCUUGGAAGCCUGGCUAAUCAUCUCUGUGGGCUUUGAAAAAUAGUUGUGAGCACAAAAUAUUUCAAAACAUUGGCUAAGGAAUGACAGGAUGAGUCUGUGUACAUUCACAUGUGUGUAUGUGUGAGUGUGUGUGUGUGUGUGUGUGUGUGUGUGUGCAUGGGAUGUAGGGUGCCACAACUGUGCUGCCUUCAGGACAAGUGGUUGUGUAGUGUAUUUUUAUAGAUCCCUACUACUGGUUUUUAAAGUUUUAGCAUUUCUGUUAAACUGUAAAUAGCUAUACAUUAACCUUUAUCUAGGUUGUUAGAACAUGUUUUCAAAAUAUCCAACAAAUGAACAAAAUAUUGUCUUCAUGUGAGGCACCAAGUGUGUGAUGAGUCAGGCAGGUGUUUGACAGGUGGUAGGUUAAAAUGAAAGCACUCCACAACACGUCACAAGCGUGUUGACAUUGCGUGCAGUGUACGGCAGUGCAGGGAGUAUUGGACGGUGAGGGGCUGUGGUUCACCUCAUACUGUGCACCACACGAGGCCUCCACUGCUCCUCACUGCAUGCAACAUGAGUGUGUGAGGUGUCUUGAGAACACAUUAAUUCAAACCCAAACGCCUGUCUGGCUCGCUUCAGGAAUACAUCCAUCACUGUCUGGUUCACACUGGUGCUGGUGCUUCCUAGGGACCGAAGUGCAAUUAUCAUAGUAACAUAUUUAUGCAGUACUGUAGGGUCUUUGUAUAUAAGCCAAACUAAGCUAAGACAAGUAGCAAUGGGUGGAAUAUAACAAGUAGCAGUGGAGAUGAUGGAAGGAAGAGUCCCUGGCCACUCUGUGCAUGCCACCCUGCAGCUCAGCACUCCACCAGCACUCCCAGUCUGUCCAAUUACAUUCCAUUUCCUGGGGUGGUGCAGUGUGUGGGGCGCCGGUGACCCGAGGCACCACAUGCAGGAUGGGUGUGUUGUGCAGUAGAGAAGGCUGACUCAUCCUAAUGUUGCUUCAUGGCCCUUGCCAAAUAUGUAAUGAAUUUAUAGGUCUUAAAAUCAUCACAUUGCAUUAAAUAAAGAAUUGAAAUGAG